ACACGUGGCCGACAGGUGUCCCCGGACCCGGAGCCGGAGCCGACCGCUGCAAGGCGCUGUCCUCAGGGGAUUGGUCCACCGCCCUGUCAGUAAAGUCAUCCCUCCGGGUGGGGGGGAACCGGGACCUGCGCGCGCACGGUGGCGCACACGCGAGGCUGCAGCGACAGAGCUGGGCGUGGGCUGACAUGCAGGCGGCCGACGAGGGGUCGAUGGUUCACGGCAUCAGCGGCCGGCUGCGGGGCCCCUUCGCCGGCAGGAGGACCGUGGGCAGGGCGCGGUACGACAGCGCCGCGAUGGCGGAGCUCCAGCCUCUGAGCUUCUGCCCGCAGCAUCCUCAUCCGCAGCAGCAGGCCGAGCAUCGCGCCGCGAUCAAGCGCGCCCACUGCGGGAACGCGCUCCACCAGCGGAGCGCCGCGUCCACGUCGACCGGCGCGGCGCCGCUCGCGGGACAGCGCGCGCCCCGGUGGCCGUCAGGUAGCGCUGCGGCGCGGCUCGAGCCCGCGGACUGCAGCCAAGGCAUGAGCGCAGAGAAUCGACUGAUCCUGGACGCCUUUGCUCAGCAGUGCAGUCGGGUUCUGAGCCUUCUCAGCAGCAACAGCAGAUUCCUGGACCCCGGAACCUCCUCGCCACCCUCCAUGGUGUCCCGCAUCAAGAAGGAGGAGGGCAGCUACAUGGGCUUGGAAAGGGCUGGGGACCCGUGCCAGUCUGGCAAGGUGGGGAUGAGGGAGUCCAAGGCCUUGUGCGAGGACCUGGAUACAGAGCUCCCCCACGUCCACAGGAGGUCGCUGCAGACAUCCGCCCUCCUGCGUGCCUUCACAGAUUCCCUCCAGAGCCACCUGACCGCUGGAGCUCGACUCAACCACACCUACAGGGACUGCUGCUACCCCGCUGAGGCCGAUCCCCUCUCCAGCUCUCCCACCCACACCUUGGGGGGCUGGGCUUCCCCAGCACCUUCUGAAUCUCACGGGCACCCUUCAUCCACCCUGCCCGAGGAAGAGGACGAGGAAGAGAGCUAUUGCCCGCGUUGCCUGGAGCUCGAGCAGGAGGUGCUGUGCCUACAACAGGAGAACGAGGAGCUUCGGCGAAAACUGGACAGCGUGCCAGUUCCCUGUCAAACGGUUCUCGACUUCUUUAAGAGCGUCUUGCAGCACCACCAUCAGCUGGAGCAGCUGGUGCAACCGGAGGAGCAACUGACAGAGGGCAGCAAACAGCUCCUGGGCAACUACCCAGUGUUCAUCACCAGCAAGCAGUGGGACGAAGCGGUUAAUUCCUCCAAGAAAGAUGGCCGGCGGCUGCUGCGGUACCUGAUCCGCUUCGUCUUCACCACCGACGAGCUGAAGUAUUCGUGCGGCCUGGGGAAGCGCAAGCGCUCUGUGCAGACAGGCGAGGCCGGUCCAGAGAGACGGCCGCUGAACCCCGUUAAGGUCACCUGUCUCAGAGAGUUCAUCCGCAUGCACUGCGCUUCGAACCCCGACUGGUGGAUGCCUUCCGAGGAGCAGAUCAACAAGGUGUUCAGCGACGCCGUGGGCCACGCGCGACAGGGCCGCGCAGUGGGCACCUUCCUGGGGGGCGGGGCCAGCAGCGGCGGCAGCAUUUCCGAUGGACACAUGUCACAGGACGAGCUCUACCUGCGUGGGGCGCAGGAUGGGGACUGAGAGGGAGCGAGAGCGCGAAGGGGAAGGGGCCACUUCUCCGCUUGCCGAGCCUCUCGGCCCGGUUCAACCUUCUCGCCGUACUUCCGUACACCUGCAUCAAUGUCAUCACUUUGCCGCUGUGGUAAAACCAUAUCCCUCUGCUUUAGGAUCAGGGCAGCGCUUCAGAAGAACAAUAUUGACGCUCAGAGUUACAGAAAAUGUACGAGUGUCCUAGUGUUGCACACACUGCGCCAGGAGCCGAGUGACUCCCCAGGAAAAAAUUACCGAUAUUACGAUUUAUCAGUGCCGAGGAACAUUCCGCACUCUCAUCCGGUCGUUGUGUCUAAAGGUGAAAUUUUAGUUGACAUGCCUCGGUAUACUGAGUCAUAAAGAAGUGCUCUGCUUUUUUUUCUUUCAGAAAAACCAAAGCUUUUGCAGGGAGGUUGGUCCUCUCUUGCAUUACCGCGGUACUUUUGAGUGCGUAGGCCAAUAAAUCUCAUCGCCGUGGAAACGGAUGCCGUGCAGAAUGGCUUCUGUAUGCUGGACGACCCACCGCCAGAGGUGGGUCGAGCAGCCGGACGCAGUACUCGAGAAGUACCGUUACUUAAAAAAAAAAAAAGAUUACUCAAAAGUUCUCGUCCAAAAACACACGUAAAUAGAGGCGAUGGAGUAAAUGUAACUUGUCACAACACCAUACCGCGCUCCCCAGUGCCACGACCGUGACUUGUUCCCCCGCCAGCCAAUCGCAUUCCGCUUUCCUCUUUUUCCCUCUCGCUCAUACACCGUUAGCAAGAUGAGUGCAAAAAUCAGUUUAUUUUCAUAUUCCACGCACUUUUGAGCCAACGUUAUUUGUAAACCUAUAGUGAAAUACCUUAAUACUCUUCUAUGGUGCAUACUGUACUUCUGACUGUUACCUCUCAGAACAACACCUGACUUGCACACCUGAUGGAGGCUCCGAAAACAAAAAUGUUUUGGCCACAUUACCUCCAGUUGUCCUUACCCUAACCAUUUCAUAUUACUGCUGAAUACCUGAAUACCGGACGGGGCUCCUGUUGCGCGGUACGCGUGAUAUCGUUUCGUCGCGCUCAGCAGAGCCGCUCGACAGCAAGAGUAAAAAUGCCUUACGGUAGAGUGUCUCCAGUCCUGCACCAGCCCAGCUGUCACUUUCUCGAUGUGAGAGGCAACGUUUCUGCCACGUUCGCUGUUACACCGUCCAUCCACUAUUCUGCCUUCCUGGAAAAUAUUUCAAUUGCCUUUGUUAAUGAAUUAGAAUACUUUUUAUUUAUUUUUAUACAUGGAUUUGGAUUUCUACAUGUUUUCUCCUUCCUUGGAAGCCUUUACAAAAUAUUUGUAGCACACUUUGUUUCUUACGUUUUCAUGUAAACCGUCCCAAGAGUUUCAGAAAAACUGGAGAAGGAACUUAGACCAACGCUCUUGCCGUGCUCGCCAAUUAGAAACGAUGUGUGUGCGUAUUUAACUGUUAUUUAAACAAAGAUUUUAUAUUCUAAGUGACUGUUGCUGUGAACACUGUGAAAGAGACCAUAAUACCCCCCCCCCACAUUUCUGUUGGAUAUUUUUAAUGUUAUUACAAUUUUUUCCCAACGCAACUCGGUUGUGUUACAU